AUGUGGAGACUUUCCAUAUUCAUUACGUUUUUGACGAUAUCGAGGUCAAUAGUUUUGGAAAAGCUUCCCGUUUCAAGUGAAGAAAAUGAGCGAACACCGUUGGAAAUGAGUUUCGAGGAAUUUUUGAAUCGAGAAGCUGAUAGGGAGACAUUUCGAAGAGUCAGACAAGUGCCACUAGCAGCUCUGGCUGGAGUUGGAAUGAUGCCAGGAGUUGGAGUAGCCGGAGUUGCUCCAAUGGUCGGAAUGCCAAUGUCUGGUGGAAUGAGCGCUCAAGAGAUCGCCUCUUUACCCGCAAUUCUCAAUCAAUUGAAGAUCAUGACAGAAAGCGUCUUGCGGACACAACAACAGCAAUCUCAGGGUAACGGUUUCGCAAAUACUUGGUCAAAUAGUUGGGGUGGAAUGUCCCCAAUGACAGCGAUGGGAGCGGGUGGUGGGUAUAUGGCUCAACCCUAUGCAGGAGGUGUCUAUCCCGGGCCACGACCCGAGCCUCAUCCAGAGCCGAUUCCCGUCGGAUACAAUCCGUUUGCCAGAACAAGCAUGAACUUGAAUUUCAACCUCGCUUACAACUCGGGUUGCGGUCGGAAUAGUCCAAAGUACCCAAUGGCCGGCGGAAUGCCGAUUGCUUGUUUUUUCGGUUACGCCGUUGGUGCCACUGGGCAUAGCUUUGGUCAAGGAGGAUACGCGCAACAACCGCAAAGUUGCCCGGAGCCUGAACCCGAGCCUGAACCGGUGGCCCCCGUUGUAGUGCCUCUAGUAGCUCAGGCUCUGCCCGUCAACUCGUACAACAGAGCGGCAAUGCCGAUGCUCCCCCAGCCACCGAUGGGCCCAAUGUUCGCCGCUGAUGUGAAGCAAGCAGCCACUCCGUUUGUGCCUCAUCUCAACGCCACUGAGCCGAUGACAACGACGACAACAACUACGACAACAAUAACAACAACUACGACAACAACAACCACAACAACUACUACAACUACGACUACAACAACUACUACAACAACUACAACUACAACAACUACCACUACGACAACCACAACAACCACAACAACUACAACAGCCACAACAACUGUUGAUGCCGUUGCUGCAGCCGAAGCAGAGAAGAAACGGAAAGGCGCUUUUAUGAGUUUGGCGGUGCCGAUGGAGUUGCACGAGAAGAAACUCUUUCGAAGAGAUGGCACCGAGUUUUCUCUCGCCGAUUUGGAGGGGAAAUUGAUCGGCUAUUAUUUUGGGGCACAUUGGUGCGAUCAUUGUUUGAUCUUCACCCCAAAACUUAAAGCUUUCUAUGAAGCAGUGAAAUCAACAGGGAAAAUCGAGAUUAUUUGGGCACCAUAUGAUAAAAAGGAGGAUGAAAUGGAAAAGUACAUGAGCGAUUCGCAUGGAGAUUGGCCUCGUUUACCAUUUAAAGAUAAAUUAAUCGGGAGUCUAUCGAAACGUUUCGGAUUGCGAAUGAUUCCGAAUUUGGUGGUGGUGGCACCGAAUGGGACAGAGAUCACGAGGAAUGGACGUUGGGAUGUUGAGGGGAAAGAGCCGAUCGAUGCGCUGAAUGGAUGGCUGAGAAUUGCGGGCAUUGAAGAGAUCAAGAAAGUCGUGAUCGUCAAGAAAACGCAUCCGAAUGGAACGGUGACUUUUGAAAGACAAAUCAUUGACAGAAAUAACAAGGGAAUGGUGGCAAAUCUCAUCAAGAAUGCCGGUGGAAUGGCCGUCACCACAACCACACCUCAACCAACGACUCUCCCGCAAGCGCCCACCUUUCAAAACCCAACCCAACCCCAGCAACGUGAAACUCCAUUUCCGCAAUCCCAAUCCUCAUUUCCCCAACCAUUAUCACCUCCUUUCUCAUCGAAUCAAUCCCCUCCAUCAAAUCUCUCUCCACCGCCACCGCCAGCCCCAAUUCCACCAUUCACACAGAAUGGGUUGUCAGGA